AUGUCGAACAUGUCGGAUGAGGAGCUGCAGCUGUUAGGGCAAUAUCUAUGCUCGGGGCAACAUGAAGCAUUAAAUGACAGUGGGAUAGAAGACUUCAUCUGUGCGACGGACGAUAGUGAAUAUUCUUUAACAGUACAAGGCGUCGUCGCCGCGGCUUUUAUCGCCUUGAUAUUUGCAGCAGUAGUGGGGAACGUAUGUGUUAUGUGGAUUAUAUAUUCGCAUAAGGUGAUGCACCACGGCUUCAAUUAUUUCCUCUUCAACAUGGCACUGGCCGAUCUGUUGAUAGCUGUGCUAAAUGUCGGAUCUUCAUGGACUUUUAACCUUUAUUAUGACUGGUGGUACGGUAAUUUCUGCACUGUCAACCAAUUCUUUGGUGUUGCGCCAACCUGCGUCAGUGUACUUUCAAUGAUGGCGCUGAGUUGGGAUCGAUGCCAAGCAGUUGUCAAUCCACUCCGAAAGCGACCACUUUCCGCUCGACGGACAGCAAUUACAAUAACAAUUAUCUGGCUCCUUUCGGCCCUCUUCGCACUCCCUCAAGCCCUUUUCGCGUCUGUAGUCCGAAUUCCAUUCUAUAUCAUCAGUACUGGGACGUUGAAAAUGCGGCGAGUGUGCAGUACAAAUUAUCCGGAAUGGUUUAAACUGCGCGGAGAAGAGGCCGGAAGCCUGUACGAGCAUUCACUGUUCGUCGUGCUCUACGCCGUGCCACUUUGUCUAUUGUCGUUUACAUUUGCUCGGAUUGCGUUGGCAUUUAGGAGAUCCGACAACACCGUUGCCACCCAAAAUUCAAAACGUGGUGAUCAAAUCAAAGCAAAAAGCAAAGCUGUAAAAAUGCUUGCAUUAAUGGUGGCCAUCUUCAUGAUCUGCUGGGCCCCCUACCAUUUCUACCACACUUUUAUGCCGUUGGUGAGCGGUGAAAUCAAGGCAAUAUUCUACUCGAUUUACGUGGGCAUCUACUGGUUGGCGAUGAGUAGCUGUGCAUACAAUCCGAUUAUUUAUUGCUAUGCGAAUGCGAGGUUCCGGAUUGGUUUCCGAUACGCGUUCCGGUGGUUGCCAUUUAUUGACUUUAAAUCGGAAGAAUAUGAAUUGAGUCAACUGUUCCCGGAUCGAUUGAGGAGUGUGGCCUUCAGCAAAAUGGAUCGCUCGCGAAGCAGCAAGCAUAGCAACGGGAUGCUACCCGAAAUGAAUAAGCGAAAACGCUCGCGGCUGUGCAUGAGGCUUCUGAAUGGCGGUGGGACGACGACGUAUACCGGUCUCUCUAAAGAUGAUGAAGACAAACUCUCUCCGCCGGAUAUUGUCCGCUGUCUACUACGGGAAAGGGAAGAUGCGGAGGAGGAGGAGGACGACAGUCCACUCGAAGAGCGCCACAGAAAAGAGCACAGUCGACUGUUGAACGAAUACAAUCGA